AUGCGCUCCCCCAUACCCCUGAUCCUCGGUCUGGCCGCCACCGCAUACACCCAAGCCGACCUCGAAGCCUGCCUGAACGACUCGGGCGUCCCUGUCGACACAGUUUCCGGCACAGACUGGGCGCGCGACGCCGCCCCCUUCAACACGCGCGUUCCCUACACACCCGCCACCAUCGCCGUCACAACAACCAUCGAGCACAUCCAGGCCGCCGUGCUGUGCGGCGUCACGGCCGGCGUCAAAGUCACCCCCAAAUCCGGCGGCCACAGCUACGCCUCGCUGGGCCUCGGCGGCGAGGACGGGCAUUUAGUUGUGGAGCUGGACCGCAUGUACGACGUCACGUUGGAGUCCGAAGAUACGGGCGUGGCGGUCGUGCAGCCCGGUGCGCGGCUGGGGCACUUGGCGAGUGUGCUGUGGGAGGACUAUGGGCGGGGUGUUGCGCAUGGGACUUGUGCUGGCGUAGGCAUAUCCGGCCACUUUCUCCACGGCGGCUUCGGCUUCAGCUCGCACACGCACGGCCUAGCCCUCGACGCAAUCCUCAGCGCAACAAUCGUUCUCGCCAACGGCAGCGCCGUCGAAGCCUCCCCGACGCAAAACGCCGACCUCCUCUGGGCGCUCAAGGGCGCGGGGUCCAACUUCGGCAUCGUCGCCUCGUAUCGGCUGCAGACGUUCGUCCCGCCGCCCGAGCUGACCUGGUUCGGCGCGAGUCUGGGCUGGACCCAAUCGACGGCGGUGGCCGGGCUCGAGGCGCUGGAGGCGUAUGCGCGCGAUGAGAUGCCGGCCGAGGUCAAUUUUCGCGUCUCGGCUUAUGGUUAUGGCGGCGCGAGCAUCGAGGGCUUGUAUCAUGGCUCCGAGGCCGACAUGCGCGCUGCGCUGGCGCCGUUGAUGGAGACGGCGGCGCCGUCGGGUGGGAUCACGUCGAUGGGUAACGGGUCGUGGAUCGACGCCGUGACGCAUUAUGCCUACACGAAUAAUAUCGACCAGACCACGCCCAGCGCCCAAGAGAACUUCUACGCCAAAAGCCUAGUCCUCAAGGGCCUAAACGGCACCACCGCACAGGCCUUCGUCGAUUACUGGUACAACAACGCCAGCCAAACAACAACACGGUCAUGGUGGUUCCAGAUGGACAUGCACGGCGGCGCCCACAGCGCCAUUUCACUAAACCCCAACAACGCGAGUGCCUACGCGCACCGCGACAAGCUGUACAUGAUCCAGUUCUACGACCGCGUCUACAGCGGCACGUACCCGACCACAGGCUUCGCGCUGCUCGACGGCUGGGUCGCGGCCACCACGGCGCAGCUGCCCGAUGAUGGCGCCGACUGGGGCAUGUACAUCAACUACGCCGACACGAGCCUGGACCGCGGGGCGGCGCAGCGCCUGUACUACGGCGAGAAUCUGCCGGAGCUGCAGCGGCUGAAGGCCCUGUAUGAUCCUGGGGAGUUGUUCUUCUACCCGCAGUCGAUCGAGCCCGUCGUUGCUUGA